CCAGCCCAGUGGCUGGGCAAGAGACUCGCGGCGCGCCUGGGCGGCGUAAGUGUGCGGCGGCCGGACUGGCCCGACGGGCGGGAGCGGAGGACGCAGACGACCCGGGAGAGCGCGCUGUGCGCUGCCCACGUCCGCCUCCUCCACUGACUGCCCUUCGCCAGGCGCGGUGCCCCAACCCGGUGCCGGACCUGCCCGGGGGACCCCGCCCGGUGGCCUAGGAGGUCGUCAGUCCCGCCUUGUUUUUUAGACCCGGAGGACCUAGGCUCCCGGAGGACAAGGAACCGCCCAACAUGGCAUCGGAGAGCGGGAAGCUAUGGGGUGGCCGGUUUGUCGGCUCAGUGGACCCCAUCAUGGAGAAGUUCAACUCAUCCAUCACGUACGACCGGCACCUCUGGGAGGUGGACGUGCAAGGCAGCAAAGCCUACAGCCGGGGCCUGGAGAAGGCGGGGCUCCUCACCAAAGCCGAGAUGGACCAGAUACUCCAUGGCCUGGACAAGGUAGCUGAGGAGUGGGCUCAGGGCACCUUCAAACUAAACCCCAAUGAUGAGGACAUCCAUACGGCCAAUGAGCGGCGUCUGAAGGAGCUCAUUGGUGAAACCGCGGGGAAGCUGCACACGGGACGAAGUCGGAAUGACCAGGUGGUCACUGACCUCAGGCUGUGGAUGCGGCAGAAUUGCUCCACGCUCUCAGCCCUCCUCUGCGAACUCAUCAGAACCAUGGUGGAUCGGGCAGAGGCGGAACGUGAUGUCCUCUUCCCAGGGUACACACACCUGCAAAGGGCUCAGCCCAUCCGCUGGAGCCACUGGAUCCUGAGCCAUGCCGUGGCUCUGACCAGAGACUCUGAAAGGCUGCUGGAGGUGCGGAAGCGGAUCAAUGUCCUGCCCCUGGGGAGCCAGCACUCAGCAUGCAUGUGCGUGUGUGUACGGCCAGGGCCCGCCUGCGGGAGCGCUGGUCACUCAGUACCCCACCCACUCUGCAGCGGGGCGAUUGCAGGCAACCCCCUGGGUGUGGACCGGGAGCUGCUCCGAGCAGAACUGGACUUUGAGGCCAUAACUCUCAACAGCAUGGAUGCCACCAGUGAGCGAGACUUUGUGGCCGAGUUCCUGUUCUGGGCUUCACUGUGCAUGACCCACCUCAGCAGGAUGGCUGAGGAUCUCAUCCUCUAUGGCACCAAGGAAUUCAGCUUCGUGCAGCUCUCAGAUGCCUACAGCACCGGAAGCAGCCUGAUGCCCCAGAAGAAAAACCCAGAUAGCCUGGAGCUGAUCCGGAGCAAGGCGGGGCGAGUGUUUGGGCGGUGUGCUGGGCUCCUGAUGACACUCAAGGGACUUCCGAGCACCUACAACAAGGACUUACAGGAGGACAAGGAAGCCGUGUUUGAAGUGUCUGACACCAUGAGUGCCGUCCUCCAAGUGGCCACUGGCGUCAUCUCUACCUUGCAGAUUCACCGUGAGAACAUGGGACGGGCUCUGAGUCCUGACAUGCUGGCCACUGACCUCGCCUACUACCUGGUCCGCAAAGGGAUGCCAUUCCGCCAGGCCCACGAGGCCUCCGGGAAAGCCGUGUUCAUGGCCGAGACCAAGGGGGUCGCCCUCAAUCAGCUGUCACUGCAGGAGCUGCAGACCAUCAGCCCCCUGUUCUCGGGAGACGUGAACCACGUGUGGGACUACGGACACAGCGUGGAGCAGUACGAGGCCCUGGGGGGCACCGCGCGCUCCAGUGUCGACUGGCAGAUCGGCCAACUGCGAGCUCUCCUCCGGGCACAACAGGCCUAAAGCCCUCCCCACGCCUCUCCCAAAUAAAGGAGAGUGGGAAUACACCGAGGCAGGAAGUUGCUGGGACACCUCCCUCCAUCUCUCUCUACUGCCUCCAUUGACGGGGGACACCUCAGCCUGAAUGGAGACUGUUUCCAGGUGAUCCUGUUAAGUUCUUCCUUAAGUGAAUUGCAUU